UGAUCCUGGUGCCUGGGUUCUAGGUUCUGAGGAGCAGAGUGGUGGGGGAACCAGUGGAAGACAGAGCUCCAUCUUCCCUGCUAUGUGACAGAGAUGAGAAAAGAGAGCCCUGCUCCAUGUUUGGGGAAGAUACUUUUUCCUUCCUAACCUAGGUUGAUCCACUGAGGCAGGCGUUGUGCUGCUGAGCUAUAUCCCAGGCCCUGCUUCUUCAUUCUGACUUGGCCUCCAUUCAUCUUCCUUCUCAGAGUGCAUAUGGCAAACAUGGCUGCAGUCCUCACCUGGGCUCUGGCCCUGCUCUCAGUGUGUUCAGCCACUCAGGCAAGGAAAGGCUUCUGGGACUACUUCAGCCAGAGCAUCAGGAACAAGGGUGUGAUGGAGCAGAUCCAGCAGCAGGCCCAGGACCACGUGAGGCUCAAGGACAGCCUCAAGCAGGAACUCAGCAAUAUGAACACAUUCCUGGAGAAGUUGGGCUCCCUGAGUGGGCAGGUGAAGGAUCGUCCUCAGCUGGCCCCAGCCCAGGAUGUGCGGCAGCAGCUGCAGGAGGAGCUGGAGCAGGUGAAGGCUCGCCUGCAGCCCUACAUGGCAGAGGUACACAAGCUGGUGGGCUCUAACUUGGAGGGGCUGCGGCAGCAGCUGAAGCCCUACACAGUAGAGCUAAUGGAACAGGUGGCCCUGCGUGUACAGGAGCUGCAGGAGCACUUGCGUGUGGUUGGGGAAGGUACAAAAGCCCAGGUGCUGGGCGGCAUGGACGAGGCACUGGGCCUGCUGCAAGACAUGCCCAGCCGCGUGCUGCACCAUACCGGCCGUGUCAAAGAUCUCUUCCACCCGUACGCCGAGCGCCUGGUGAGCGGCAUCGGGCGCCAUGUACAGGAACUGCACCGCAGCGUGGCCCCGCAUGCUGCUGCCAGCCCAGUCCGGCUCAGCCGCUGUGUUCAGGCACUCUCGCACAAGCUCACGCUCAAGGCCAAGGCUUUGCACGCGGGCAUCCAGCAGAACCUGGACCAGCUAGGCAAAGGGCUCAGUGCCUUUGUCCGCACCAGCACAGACGGGGCUGAGGAGGGGGCCAGCCUGGACCCCCAGUUGCUUUCCGAGGAAGUGCGCCAGCGACUCCAGGCUUUCCGCCAGGACACCUUCGCGCAAAUCGCCGCUUUCACACGCGCCAUUGACCAUGAGACAGAGGAGAUCCACCAGCAGCUGGCGCCACCCCCACCAGGCCACAUUGGUUUUGCCCCUGAGUUCCCAGAAGCGGAUGGUGGCAAGGCCCUGAGUAAGCUGCAGGCCCGUCUUGACGAUCUGUGGGAAGACAUCACCUACAGCCUUCAUGACCAGAGCCACAGAGAUCUGGGAGAACCCUGAGGGCCGACAUGUGCUGGUUCACUCCCUAGCUCCUGGUCUGAGAGGCCCAACACUUGCGCUUCUCCAUGGCCUGCCGGGUGAGGGUGGAGGAUUCUGUGCAGGAGAGGUGAGGCCACCAGGGGGUGCUGUCCCUGGCAUAACCAUCCUCGACUUCCCCAUCCAAAUGCAUUACACUCACUAGGCUUUGCAAACCAGCUUUCCGUACUCAUUUGGUCAUUCUCAGGAAUUUCAAUAUUCAGGGGCGGAGGGAGUAGGGAGGGAGAGAGACCGUAUAUCUGCAAGCCUGUGUGAGAUGCUACUAGAAGCCUGUGCCACUGCCUGUGCCACCCCAAAGUGUGCUUCCUGUCACUUCUGGAUGCCUGCUGGUCACUGCUACAGUUGGCCCAUAGAGAGAAGCUCUUGUUUCCCCAGGGCCACCAUGACAGCUUUUGUUGGGCCAACCGAAGAGAUCAAGGAGGAAAAUACAUGGGAAGAACACAUGAGGAUGUGUGUCUAUCCCUGCUGGCUGUGAUGCUGGUGGGUGUGAAUGGUGGGGACAGUGAUGGGCUGGGGCAGGAUCUGUAUUUCCGAAUAUAGCUCUGCACCUAAGUAAGGGACCAAGCCCUCCAAACUGAGGGGGCUUCUUAAAAUCAUCUGGAGAGCAUAGUAUGUGCCCUCCUCAGCUCCAGCCCCUUCUUCCUGAUUCCCAGACUGAAGUCUAGACUUCUGCUCAAAUGAAAUAGAUGCUUAUGAUGGAAGCUUC